AUGGCUGAACAACGCAGAGGACCUGGGAGACCCAGAAGGAAUCCAAUUCCUAAUCCGCCUGAAAUUCCAAUUCCCAAUCCAGCUGGUGAUGCCAAUGCACCUUGGUUGCAGAUGAUGCAACAAAUGCAACAACAGAACCAGAUGAUGAUGCAAAUGAUGCAAGGUAUGCAAGGGAAUCAACAACAACAACCAGCUGCUCCUGUUCCUCCAGUUCCUAAUGGGCCAGAUUUUCGUGCUUUCUUUCGGAUGACUCCUCCAGAGUUUGCAGGUAGCCUGAAUCAUAUUGUAGCCCAUGAUUGGUUGUAUAGCAUGGAGAGGAUAUUCCAGGCUAUUCGAUGCACUGAGGAGGAAAAGGUUAUUUUUGCUGCUCAGAAACUCAAGGGUCCUGCAGGUAGGUGGUGGGAUACUGCCUCCACCCGCUUCACUUCUCAAGGGAUUCCUAAGGAUUGGGAACAUUUCAAGACCGCUUUCUUAGAGAAGUACUUCCCUAACAGCAUCCGUGCCCAGAAAGAAAGAGAGUUCCAGUUAUUCAAGCAAGGAAAUCUCACUGUUUCUGAAUAUGCUGAAAAAUUUGAGGACAUGGCUGCUUAUUCCAGACAAGCUGUUUAUGCACCAGAUGAGUUAUGGAAGAUUAAUCAGUUUUUGUUUGGCCUUAAUGCUGAUAUUGCCCACAGUGUGUCUCAGAGGGAGUUCACUACUUAUGCUGAGUGUCUCCGACAAUGUUAUGUUGCUGAAAACAGUCUGAAGAGGGUUAAGGAAGAAAGGGAGCAAAACCGACCUUUUCGCCAAAACCAAGGGAAAGUGAGCCAAUUCUUGAAGCCUCGUAACUCUCCUCCAGCAAUGAAACCCGCUUAUGUCAACCGUUCAACUCAGCCUCCUUGGUGUAACAAAUGUAGGAGCAAACACCAUGGAAACUGUAGAAGCGGUCCAGUGAAGUGUUACAAGUGUGGACAGGAAGGUCAUCUCCGGCCUAACUGCCCUAGGCCAUACAUUCCUGAGAAGACCACAGGGCGAGUGUAUACCUUGGAUGCUCGAAAGGCUCAAGGGAACACAAGUCUUGUUGCUGGUACGUGUUUUAUAAAUAACCAACCUUGUUUUGUUCUUGUAGAUUGUGGAGCAACGCAUUCUUUUAUUUCUAAUUCUUGUGUGCGCCGUCUCGGAUUUGAGGCUACUAGUCUUUCUGUUCCUAUGUUGAUUUCAUCUGCCACGGAUGAUGUGGUCGAAGCCUUGGAGAUUUGUAGAGAUUGUUCAGUCACUUUCAACGACCGAAGGUUCUCUAUUGAUCUUAUUUGCUUGCCUCUAAAGAAGAUUGAUGUAGUACUGGGCAUGGAUUGGUUGUCGGCCAACUCAGUAUACAUUGGUUGCAAGGAGAAGGCUAUCUUUAUUCCUGCAGAAGAGACUGCUCCUAUUGAUGCGAUUGGGAAUCUAAUCGAAGGUACAAUUAACCUAAUUAGUUGUCUCUAUGUUCAGGAGAGAUCUUUUCUUUUAGCUCUCACCGCAGAAUCUGAAACCAAGAAAGAUAUAUCAAAUAUUCCCGUCGUUUCUCCAGUUUCUAUUGCUCCAUAUCGAAUGUCUCCUACAGAGUUGAGAGAAUUGAAGAGUCAGUUAGAGGAGUUGAUAGCAAAACAUUUUAUCAGACCAAGUGUCUUUCCUUGGGGUGCUCCAGUGUUAUUGGUCAAGAAGAAGGAUGGUAGUAUGCGUUUGUGCAUUGAUUAUCGACAACUCAACAAAGUGACCAUAAAGAACAAGUAUCCUUUACCACGGAUUGAUGACCUCCUGGAUCCAUUGAAAAGAGCCUGUGUGUUCUCGAAGAUUGAUCUCAGGUCGGGAUAUCAUCAAAUUCGGGUGAAGAAUUCCGAUGUAUCGAAGACCGCAUUCAGAACGCGGUAUGGCCACUAUGAAUUCUUGGUUAUGCCGUUUGGAGUGACCAAUGCUCCUGCUGUCUUUAUGGACUACAUGAACCGUGUGUUCCAACCAUAUUUGGACCGGUUUGUGGUGAUAUUCAUAGACGACAUUUUAAUAUAUUCUAAGACGGUGGAUGAGCAUAUGGAACACUUGAGGAUUGUGUUGUCAGUUCUUCGAGAGAAACAAUUAUUUGCAAAGUUGAGUAAGUGUGAAUUCUGGAUGUCCGAGGUGAAGUUCCUUGGACAUGUCAUUUCUGGUGGCGGUGUGGCUGUGGAUCCGUCAAAGGUAGAAGCAGUGAUUAAUUGGGAACGACCUAAGAAUGCAAGUGAAGUUCGGAGUUUCCUUGGAUUAGCAGGUUACUAUCGGCGGUUCAUUAUGGGAUUCUCAAAGCUAGCUCUACCUAUGACCCGACUUACGAGGAAGGAAGUUACUUUUGAGUGGAAUUCCGAUUGUGAGCGGAGUUUCCAAAGGUUGAAGAAGAAGUUGACUACUGCUCCGGUAUUGAUAAUUGCAGAUCCGGAUAAAUCCUAUGAAGUUUUCUAUGAUGCAUCAAAGAAAGGAUUAGGUGGUGUCUUAAUGCAAGAAGGUCAAGUUGUGGCUUAUGCAUCUAGACAACUAAGAUCUCAUGAAGAGAAUUAUCCUACUCAUGACCUUGAACUUGCGGCUAUUGUGUUUGCACUUAAAAAAGAACUGAAUAUGCGUCAGAGGAGGUGGAUGGAGUAUUUGAAAGACUUUAAUUUUGAUUUGAGGUAUCAUCCAGGAAAGGCUAAUAAGGUUGCAGAUGCCUUGAGCAGAAAGGAGAUUCAUGUAGCGGAGUUGAUGAUGAUGGAAUUCAAUUUGAUGGAAGAAUUUAGGAAUCUCAGUUUGCAGUUUGUGUGGGCACCUACGGGUGUGUUGAUUAGUAAUCUCAAUGUUGAGAAUGUUUUGCGAGAAAGAAUCUGUCAAGCUCAAUAUGGAGUUGCAAGCUCAAGAGAAAUUCCCGGAAUUCUCUCGAGCAUCUGA